GUCAAUUUGUAAUUAUAUGUACAGGUACGUGACUAUAGCAAAUAGUGCGCCGUUUUUAUGUGCCAUUUUGUUAGUGUAUGAUGCGUGUAUUUGCAAAACGUCAUUGUAUAGCAAUGCAGGCCUGUAUUACCAUCCGUAUAGGUAUAUAGUGUAGUAACCUUAUAAUGAAAUUCAAGAGAUAUUUACAUAUUUGCCGUUCACAAGGUUCUUCUCUUCUGGCCUAAACAACUUUGUGAUGUACUUCGUUGAAAAGAUGAGUGAAAGUCAGGAAAUUGAAGGUAACAGAAGUUUUAAAAACAACCCUAUCAGUCAGCUGAGUCUUGUUGACAAAUAUGUUCAAGUUGAGCUUAUCAAAAAUUGCUCGUUCGAGGGUUUUGUCCAUUCUGUCGAUCCUAUAACGAAUAGUAUCAUACUAUCAACUUCCCAAGGCAACUUUAAAACAACUGUAAUACCUGGUCAUGCAAUAUUAGGUGUAACAACAAAACCAAUUCCACCUGAUAUGUACCCACCGAGCAAAAUCUCUGCCAGUGCAUCACUACAAGACAUGUCAUCAAGAAAAACCAAAAUAAUGGAAUGGUUUAAAACAAAUUUCAUUACAUCUACAGAAGCUGGUGAUAGAAUAGUGUUAGGAAAUGUUAGCAUAUUACCUCCAUAUGGGAGUAUGGAUAUUUGUACUGAUAGUCCCGUGGUGGCAAUGCAAAUAAAAAAGCUACUAGAAAGUAUGCCUGAAGAUAUUAAUACAGGAUAGGACAUAAAAAAUAAUGGAUAAAUUAAACAAUAUUUGUUGUAUUUGUAUAGAAUAAUAAAAAUAUAUUAAGUAACUAUAAAGUGUGUCUUAUUUACAUGUUUAUAGUAUUUUUAUCUUGUUUAGUGUUUGAUAAUAGGAUAGAAUAUUAAAAAUAAAAAUCAUUUGUUUUGGA